UUAUACAACUAUGUACUCCAUACAAACUUCCUUUGUUUUUCCUGUUUCUAUCAUUAUCAUUUCCAUAUUCUUAAAAUGUAUUUCAUCUUAUUUUAGAAGAAACAACAAAAACUCACCACCAGGUCCACCAAAACUCCCAUUAAUUGGAAACCUCCAUCAAUUAGGCUCGAGCCCGCACCGGGCUCUCCUAGAGAUGGCUAAGAAACAUGGUCCAGUUAUACUGGUCCAUUUAGGUAGUGUGCCAAUGCUUGUAGCAUCCUCAACUGAAAUAGCUCAAAAAAUUUUAAAAACUCAUGAUUUAGCCUUUUGCAAUAGACCCAUAUUAAAAGUUGCUAACACAAUCUUGUAUGGCUCUAAAGACAUAGCCUUUUGUCCUUAUGGGGAACAUUGGAGACAAAUGAAGAGCAUUGCAGUGCUCCAACUCUUAAGCAAUAAACGAGUUCAAUCGUUUCGAAAAGUAAGAGAAGAAGAGACGGAUUAUAUGAUUAGUAAGAUUGAGGAAAGUUGUGGCUCUUUGGUUAAUUUAAGUGACUUGUUUGUUUCACUUACAAAUAGUGUAGUUUGUAGGGUGGCCUUAGGAAAAACGUAUCGCGGGUUAAAGUUUAAGAACUUGUUGGAAAAGUUAAUGGAUAUUUUGGGGGUUCUUAGUGCAGGGAGUUAUAUUCCAUGGUUGUCAUGGUUGGAUCAUUAUAAUGGUUUACAACGAAUGACAAAUGAAGUCGCGAAAGAAUUUGAUGAGCUUCUUGAGGGUGUUCUUGAAGAACAUAUAAAUAAAAACAGAAUGGCCCAUAAUGUUGGUGAUCAUGGAGAUGAUGAAUAUGAUGGCCAAGAUUUAGUUGACAUUUUGCUUGAUGUUCAAAGAGAAAAAACAGGUAGCUUUGUAGUGGACAAAGAUACAAUUAAAGCUGUCAUAUUGGAUGUUUUCGCGGCUGGAACAGAUACAACAUCCACAAAUAUAGAAUGGGCAGUAAGCGAGCUAGUAAAACAUCCGCAAGUAAUGAAAAAACUACAACAAGAAGUAACAGCAAUAGCAAAUGGGCGACCCAUGAUUAUUGAGGAGGAUUUAGACAAAAUGAAGUACCUAAAGGCCGUAAUCAAAGAGACCCUAAGGAUCCAUAUUCCACUCCCACUACUUGUUCAAAGAGAAUCCAUUAAAGAUGUCAAACUUAUGGGGUAUGACAUUCCAAUAGGUACACGAGUGGUUAUUAACGCUUGGGCGCUAGGAAGAGAUCCUUCGCAAUGGAAUGAUCCAGAUGAGUUUAAACCCGAAAGGUUUUUGAACAGUUCAAUUGACUAUAAAGGGUUCCAUUAUCAGUUUAUUCCGUUUGGUUCUGGCAGAAGAGGGUGUCCGGGGAUUCAAUUUGCUAUAGCGGUUAAUGAGCUUGCUAUAGCAAAUUUAGUGUAUAAAUAUGAUUUGUCAUUGCCGGAUGGAAAACGAGGAGAAGAGUUAGACAUGACAGAGAUCACCGGGCUUACGACUCAUAGGAAGUCACCUUUACUACUUGUAGCCACUCCUCGCGUGUUGUAGUUGCUUGUCAUUUGCUAUGAUUAUAUCUUCGGCCUUAUUUUGUAGCAACUCAUGGAAUAAAUUGAA